AUUAAACCAGCGGGGGGGCAAUAUUAGGAAAGGGCAGUGGUGGUCGCAACAGCUGGCCCUUCCCGGUGAUCCUCUGCUCAACACGUUACCUCAUCCGUCUCCUAGAACAAAUAUGGCAAAGUUCUCUCUCUCCUCUCUCUCUCUUCCCUCACCUCCUCUGCUCCUCGAAAGGCGCGCCCUUUCUCGCUCCUUCACAGUUCAGUCUUCGCAUUCGUCUCCUGUUUGUUCGUGUUCGGAGCCCAAGGUCGUUGUCACUCGAGAACGCGGCAAGAACGCCAAGCUCGUCAAUGCCUUGGCAAAACGUGGAAUUAACUGCUUGGAGCUUCCCCUCAUUGAGCACACACAGUUGCCAGAUUUGGAUCAGCUUCCUUCUGUAUUGAGUGCAGAGAGUGCUUUUGACUGGAUAGUCAUAACUUCUCCAGAAGCGGGUCUGGUUUUCCUCGACGCUUGGAAGGCUGCUGGAACCCCCAAUGUUAAAGUAGGUGUAGUCGGAGCUGGUACAGCAAGUAUAUUUGAGGAAGUAGCAGAGUCCUCAAAUGGUUAUAUUGAUGUUGCUUUUGCGCCAUCAAAAGCAACAGGUAAGGUUUUGGCUUCAGAGCUCCCGAAGCAUGGUAAUGUGAAGUGUAGAGUCCUAUAUCCUGCUUCAGCAAAAGCUAGCACCGAGAUUGAAGAAGGCCUGUCUAAUCGUGGAUUCCAGGUUACAAGGCUGAAUACGUACACAACGGUUUCUGUUCAUCAUGUAGACCAAACAAUUCUGAAGCAGGCACUUUCUGCUCCUGUUGUUGCCGUAGCAUCACCUUCUGCAAUUCGUGCUUGGGUUAACCUUAUUUCAGACGAACGCUGGGGCAAUUCUGUUGCAUGUAUUGGUGGGACAACUGCUUCGACUGCAAAAAGACUAGGCUUGAGAAAUGUGUAUUUUCCUGAAAAUCCUGGUCUGGAUGGAUGGGUUGAUAGCAUUCUUGAAGCCUUAAGAGUCCAUGAUCAGUUCCAGAAGGUCCUAUAGUGGUGCUGUUCAGCAAUCGGCAGAUUUCCGCUUUCCUUGGGUCCUGCAGGAUAUGGUUUUGGGCCAACAGGUGCAGGUUUUAAGAUGCAAAUAAUGCACAGACCCUUUUUAACUUCUCAAAUGAGAGAGACAAAAUCUCUAACAGCAGAACAGGAAGGGGUUAAACUGGUUGCCUUUCUGAGGGAUCCUGUACAUGUGGUAGAGCUACUUCAUGGUAAGUUAGGCAGCCGUUCAUAGAUUGUGGACCGACAAAUUGUAUAUGCACGCUGUAGAAAUUCCACUGUUAAUAUAUAAAGUUCCAAGCUCAGGUUCGAGAACAAUCCUCACACUGUACUCUGCUACGUUUUUUUGUUAGGCAAAGAGGCACUUUACCCUGUUGUGAUUGUGUUACUCUUCAA